GUUUCUUAUGUAAAGGGAUUCGAUUAUGAGAAGUUAUUGAAAUACUCAAUCUUUAUUCAUCACGUAGCAAGUUUGGUUGGAAAAAUCGAAAAAUAAAUAUUUUUCAGCUGAAAAUUACAAAUAUUACUUUCUUGAAUUCAAGAUGGAUAUACUAUCGAAGCCAACGAAAGAGAUUACCGCAGUAGCCCCAAUAGUUUGCGUUAACGAUCCGGUUGAAAUCGAGGAGCAAAUAAAAUCGGACAUGUGUGAUGAGAACGAGUGCAAAUCGCUUCGCAGGGAUAUAGAAAUUAUGAGAGCGGACUACGACAAUUGGGAGCACAUUUUCAGAGACAUCCGGCUGAAAGUGGGCUUUGAGAUUACUAUAUGGGAAAGGGCUUACAAAGUCAUAUGCGAAAUGAUGGAAAAUAGCCGCGUCGAGGCAAGUGUUGAUAAAAGCGAACGUGGUCAAUAUGUGAGACUGUUGCACAAGCCCAUCGAAUCGGUUUUUAUUAAAGUAGACCACAGGAAGGAUCUCACGUCCUUUACCUUGCCCCAAGCCUCUGCCUGGAUUCAGAAGAAAAUCAUUGAGCUUAAGAUAUCGAUAAGGAAUGUCGAUAAUGAUCAGCUGUAUGUAAAUGUUCAAAAAGAGAGAGUGAACUCAAUAGAAAAGUGUUUGGAUGACAGGGAAAAGUUGCUAGCUCAAAACAGCAUAGCUGUUAAGCAACUAAACAAAAUUAAAGCUAAUUUAGAAAAGGUUCCAAGUACGUCUUCGGUUAGCGAGCAAGAUUGGGACAAAGAACUAAAGGACUUUUUCUCUGAAGUGGAAAAGGACAACGCGGAACUAAGCCAAAUGACCGAUGAUAUUUUACAGUUGUUAAAUAAACUUUCUCGUCUCCGGUCUGAAAAUGUACCGGAUUCAAUCGUCGAUAAUGUUAGAAAUGAUAUUAAUCAACUUCUUAUGAAAUUAGGUGGAAGUAUACAAACAAAGACACCUUCUGAAUAUGAAAACAAGAAUUCAAAUGAUUUAACUGAAAAUGACUCGUUUAUUAUCGAUUCCACUAGAAAUAAUUUGGAAAAAUUUUGUGCAACCAAAAAUAUUUCUGAAAAGAUCAAUUUGACACAAAAUAAAGACGUUUCCACAGAAAAUAAGUCACUUAAAAUAAAUUUAACUACAAAUGACUCAAACCAAAUCUGUUUGACUGAAAAACGUCCCACUGAAAUCAACUCGGCUAAUAGUGAUUUAAAUAAAACCGAAUCUACUGAAAGUAAAAUCGAGAUGGCCGAAAAUAACACCAUUGUUUUGACAGAAAAUAAUUUGAAAAAACACAAUUCUUCUGCAAGCGGAAAUUCGAUUAUGGGUAACCUUGUUGAUGAUGGAGAUAAAGAUGAAUGCAUACCAAAGAGUCAAGAUCAUUCUGAUAAUGAAAGCGGAAAUUCGAUGAGCAUUAAGCUCAACCAUUUAGUUGAUAAUUUCUUGCAAAGUAGGAUUGACCUUCUAGGCUUAAACUCGCUCGAAUGUAACGAAAAGGAUGGUUCUUCUAAAAUUGUUUCAAUUACAGAUAAUACUAAAAUUAAUUUGAAUAAAACCGAUUCAAAUGAAAAUGAUUUAACUAAACGCGACCCGAUUGAAAAUGAUUGCAAUAAAAUCAAUGCUUCCACUAAAAAUGGUUCGAUUAAAAUAAGUUUGACUUUAAAUGAUUCAAACAAAAUCUGCUCGACUGAAAAAUGUGAAGUCGUUUUUACUGAAAAUGAUUCGACUGUUAAUGAUUCAAGUGAAAUUUAUUUGACUAAACAUGGAUCAAUCAACUCGAUUGAAAAUGAUUCCACUCUAAAUAGUUAUAAUAAAAAAGAUUCGUCCGCAAAUGAUUCUACUAUAUAUUACUCAUUUGAAACCGAUUCGCCUAAAAAUGAUUUGGAAAGAAAAUUAGAUCAGAAUGCGACUGUGGAUUUCCAUCAUGAAACUCAAAGCCAUGAUUAUUUUUACCAAGAGAAAUGCAAGCCAGAAUGUGAAGCUGAAACGAACCACGAAAGAGGUGAUUUAAUUUUGAAAAACAGCUAUGGUGAAGGAAAUCUUAUAAGCAAAUUUUAUACCGAUGAUUCCCAAGAGAAAAGCAAAUCAAAUACUAAGGAUGAUGAAAGCUUAUACUCGCUAGACUCAUACGAUUGGAAUGAUUCUACAAAAAAUGAUUCAAAUAACAUCGUUUAUACUGAAAAUAAUUUUAGUAAAAUCGGUAUAUCUGAAAACGAUAUUAAUAAAAACGAUUUGUAUGACAAUUAUUGGAAUGAAAUCAAUUUUUCUGAAAAUAAACAGAAUGAAUUGCGUAAAAAGGAUUUGGAAACAAAAGCCUAUCUGUCUUCUACUAAAAAGAUUCUGGAAGAGAAUGAAAUAAAGCUUGUAAAAAGUGAAAAAAAUUAUUCCGAAAAGGGAUGCAGACCAAAGUGCGAGGAUAGUAAUUUCAAUGAGUUAGAUGAUUUUAAUAAAAAUCGAUUUUAGAUAAUUUUAUUUUUGAUACUGAAAAUGUAAAAAAGGAAACGAAUAUUGAUCUCGAUCAAGUAGUGGAUAUUUCCCUAGAAGAUAUGUUAGAUCUUCCAAGCGAGCGUGAUCUUGAUGAUAAAGAAAGCGAAGGAAAUUUUCUAGAAAGUAGCUCAAACAUAAACUUUGGGAAAUUAAAUUCUAGUGACAUUAAUAGAGACAUAGAGUCUUGCCUAGAAAAACUGGAAGAGUUUUAUCCAAAUCUGCCUGUUAGUAAUAGACCCGAUAAAUACGUUGAUGGUUCAUUGGAACAAUUACAGCAUCUUUUACCAGACAGAAAACUGCAAUCUGAGGCAGAUUCAGACGAAUUUAUUCCAAAAAAUCUAUUGGAAUGUUAUGAAAAACUUGAUAAAUACGUUGAUGAUUCAUUGGAACAAUUACAGCAUCUUUUACCCGACGGAAAACUGCAAUCUGAGGCAGGUUCAGAAGAAUUUAUUCCAGAAAAACUAUUGGAAAGUUAUGUAGAAUGUGAUAAAUACGUUGAUGAUUCAUUGGAACAAUUACAGCAUCUCUUACCCGACGGAAAACUGCAAUCUGAGGCAGAUUUAGACGAAUUUAUUCCAAAAAAAAACUAUUGGAGAGUUAUGUAGAAUGUGAUAAAUACGUUGAUGAUUCAUUGGAACAAUUACAGCAUCUCUUACCCGACGGAAAACUGCAAUCUGAGGAAGAUUCAGACGAAUAUAUUCAAAAAAAACUAUUGGAAAGUUAUGUAGAAUGUGAUAAAUACGUUAAUGAUUCAUUGGAACAAUUACAGCAUCUCUUACCCGACGGAAAACUGCAAUCUGAGGAAGAUUCAGACGAAUAUAUUCAAAAAAAACUAUUGGAAAGUUAUGUAGAAUGUGAUAAAUACAAUGAUUCAUUGGAACAAUUACAGCAUCUCUUACCCGACGGAAAACUGCAAUCUGAGGCAGAUUCAGACGAAUUUAUUUCAAAAAAUAUAUUGGAAAGUGAUGAACAACUUGAUAAAUACGUUGAUGACUCAUUAGAACAGUUACAGCAUCUUUUACCAUACAGAAAACUGAAAUCUGAGGCAGAUUCAGACGAAUUUAUUCCAAAAAAUCUAUUGGAAAGUGAUGAACAACUUGAUAAAUACGUUGAUGAUUCAUUAGAACAAUUACAGCAUCUUUUACCAUACAGAAAACUGAAAUCUGAGGCAGAUUCAGACGAAUUUAUUCCCAGAAAUCUAUGGGAAAGUGAUGAAGACAUAACUUCAGUCAAAAGCUUCAAAACUUAUAUCAUAGAUUUUUCUCCAGACAAGCAAGGCGAAAGAGUUGCUGACUUGACCCUGGCCAAUAUCUCUAAGAACAAUGAAAACUAAUCUCAAGAUGAAGUUUACGAUAAUUUUGAACUUCCUAAAACACGAAUUUUAUAAUUUUAUAAUUUGACUAAAAAAUGAAUAGUUGACUAAAAAUAUAUUAUAAGGAGAUCAAAAAUACUUUUUCCAAAAAACUAUGUAGAUAAGAAUAUGAACGUCAUACCUCAUACUUAUCUACAUAGUUUUUUGAAAAUAGUUUUCUGUAAAAUCAACCUUUGUCAUAACAGCCAACUUAAUAAAGGAAUUUGUCAAAGGUUAUAAAC